CCUGAAUCGAUUUUCCAAAACAAAGAUUCAACAUUUGUUUGAAAAAAGAGACUUCACAUUUAUUUUUUGUGGCUUGCCUAUUACAGGUAUUGAACUCAAUGUAGUUCCUCAACCAGGGCAAUUGGGAAAAGCUAAUGAAGCGAUGUACUUUUGUUAAUUGCAAUCCAAGUUGAAGGUACAGCUUCAAAUUCAGGUAAUGAACAAUGUACCUCUCUCAAUCGAAAAGUGUGUUCAUGAGUUUUUUAGUCAGAGUUCGACCAUUCUCAUUGGUUUGGUAUUUGGAGAACAAUUCGAUAGGGGGAAUUUGAUGAAGUGGAGCAAGAGGGAAAUUGGCAUGCAUAUCAUGUAACUCCUUGGGGUACUUGAGAUCACAUUCAAUAACAUAACCAGUUUCUGACUCACUCUCCAAAUUUGUAAAGUCAAGAGCAUGGAUUUCUUCCUCUGAGAGGAACUUGAAAUUUCCAUAAGGUAAGAAUUGAUUCAUAGAGUGGGCAUACAAAGAAUCACAAUCUAUAUAAAGCAAAUAGUUACUUGGUUUUGUGGGAUUGUAUGUGUCAGGGAUGUGUUUGUUAUUGGCUUCGCAAUAAUGCUUGCCAAUAAACGAAACACCACCACACAUUCCCGAUUCAAACAUUAGAUGAAUAUCGGGAUCGGUAAUCAAUUGGAGUGCAACCCUGGUGUACUUUAACAUACAAUUCCAAGUGUAAUGAGCAAGCAAAAGAAAAUGAGUCACAUCGAGGCCAUAUGAGCUAAAAAGCAUUGACCUCAUUUCUUCAAAGACCUCAACUAAUAGCAUGACGUCUAGGCACAGAUAGAAAUCAUGAUACUCGCCAAGAGAUUUCAACUUGAAUGUUGAGAACACUCUUUGUGCGUGCUCAUAUUCUUUGGGGGAGAGAGGUGUAUCAUUAAGGUCAUUAUAAAAACAUUCUAUUGGCAGGAGAGAAGUCUCUGAAUUUUUCAGGGCAAGAUAUGUACAAAUAGGGAUACACUCCUUUUUUUAAAAAGAGUUGUCGAUGUUCGAGAUCAGGAUCAUUAAAUACUGAAAACAGACAUUUGAACUUCAAUUCCAUAUCUGUACUAUCUACCAAGUUGCACACUCAUACUUCCAAGGAUUCAUUCAUAAAUUCAUAUGAAUCUAAAAACUUAAUUUUUCCCACUGUCAAUGUCAAAAAUCUUUCUGAUGUAUUGGCAAUACAGAAAAUUUCUUUUUUACAUUUCCUGAGAGCUUUUAGAAUAAAAUUGCUGUCAAAUCCGCUAAAAUUAUGGAAGUAACAGCUAAUCAUGUUGUCAGUUUGAGUAUUUAAAUUACACGACACAUGAGCAGCACAUAAAAACUUUCCAUUUUCAUGUGCAUGAUGGCAUACCUUUGUGUCUGUUUCAGUAAAAACUUCAUUGCAAAGGCCACACUCAUCAGCAUUUUUAAAUUUGCGUUGCUGACGAUCACUUAAAUGCUCCAUCAGAAUUUCACAUUCUAUAUCCACACUCAAUAAAUCACCCAGUUUGAUUAUUUCCUUGAAAAAUUUCUCUAUGAUAUUUUCAUUGAUAUUACUCGAUCUAUAGAUCUAUAGAGUACUGGGCCGUACACCAUAUCUCCAUUCACAUCCAUUACGAUGAAACAAUACCCGCACGGAAUAUGACGUGCCAUUUUCUUGGUGUAACUCCUGGUGAUGGGUACAUCCUCACAAUCAGAUUUGUUACCAUCCAUCGAACGAACUUAAAAUUUUCCUAACCGCUAACAUGAAAUGCUCGUUCAACUUAUCAUAGUUCUCCAAGACAUUCAUGCCUAUGGCCGAGUAACUAUGCAGAUUCACAAUGGAUGAAACAGCUUCAGAUUCCUCAGAUUCUAAAACUACCAUCUUAUACAAUUAUACAUUUAAAACUAAAAACCAUUUCACAUUUCCUUCAAAACGUGCAGCAUGUUCUCUUAUCUCAAAAACACAAGGUUUUGAGUUUUCAAGUAUGCUUUCAAUGUCUGGAGCAACGUUUUCGAAGGAAAUGCGAUGGCAAAUUGCGCCUGAACUCACGCCUCUGACCCUGCGUUCUCUGGUGUGGUUCCUCUGCUACUAGUGGGGGGCUGAAAACAAACAAAGAAUUUAUUACUAUGGCAUAGAAUUAGAUAUAAAAACAAGUAAACAUUGAUCUAAAAUCAGUUGUGAUUUGACAAGCUGCAAGUACAGUGCAAAAAUGUUAUCUCAGGAUCAGAUCAAGCGAUCAUGUGUACAAGCGAUUGAGGUUAUUAACAUUUGAUAAUCAUUGUAAAUUAGAAUUGAGUCUGUUGUCACCUCAAAAUAUGGCUAAACAGGGUUUUAAAUAUGUGCAUGCACCUGACGUUCUGCAAUGUGUGUUUUGUUCAGUAUAUUUAGAAAAUUGGUUGUCAACAGACGAUCCUAGUAAGGAACAUGAUCGAUGCAGUCCAAAUUGUGGAUGACGCAAACAAGAUAAUAUUUCGUGUGAAGAGGAGAAUUUUGAUAAUAAUAUUCUACGACAAUAUGAAGAAUGAGUUUUAACUUUCCAUCGUCCAGAACCAUUCAAGCUCUCGGUAUUUAUUAAUAGAGCAAACUAUUUUGCAAUAAAUGGGUAUUUUUUACACAAAAAAUCAUAUUUGCAAUGUGUAUAUUGCAAAUAUAUUAUUGAAAAUCCUUAUGAAAAAGUGAUACAUGUUCCAUUUUGUAUAUAUAUAAAAAGAUGAGCUAUAAUGGAAAAGAAAAGGCGAAUGUUGAAGAAACUGUGGGAAAACAAGCUGGAUAUUGUACAAUAUGCACUCUGUUGUAGAAGUAAUUCCUAAUCAGGAUCGAGAUAUUAUUGAUUUGUUAGGAAUAAGUGCAUUGUAGUAUUAAUUUAUCAGGAAAGAAGUAAGUUCUGAAAAAUCAUGAAAAAUAAAGUAAAAAUUGUAGGCUAUCAUACUUACAUGUGAUGAAUGAUGUGAUGCCCUCGGGUAUAACUGUCUCUCCGGUUAGACUCCAACUCUCAGAUGUACUACUACUUGUUCUUCACAUGUCUUUCCUCCUCUAAGACUGGAGUGAUUAUGCUGUAGUCUACACUCCACACUCAAACUCUGUGAAAUCAAAGAGCAUAAUGAAAAUCACAAUAAUAUUGAGAAGAAAUUCAGCAACUCAACAUAGUUAUGAGAUGUUAAUUGGAAAUCAAUGAGGAGAUUUGAUAUUAUAUUGCUCUUACAUUCAAAAUGUAUGCUCAAAGUCUGUAAAAUCAAAGAGCUUAAUGAAGAAAUUUAAUAUCUCUACAUAUUUAUGAGAUGCUAAUUGAAAAUCAAUGAGUAGAUUUGAUAUUACAUUGCUCUCAUAUUCAAAAUAUUGUUAUUCAAGAUAUUAUAUCUGGAACUAAUUGAGAAAUUUUAUAUUAGUGCAUUGUGAGAAAACAGUAAUUUUUUUUUAAAUUUUAAAUUCAAUACUUACAAGCAGAAUCUAACAGAGGACGAGUUUCGGUGAGCUGUGAGAGAUUUGAUAUUUUGUUAUCUCUGAAUGCACCUUGCUGCACGUGUCAGAAUGCAUUUGUGUGCCAAGGAUGUGCUAAACUUCUCUCUGUAGUGUACGCAGGAAAAUGCACUAUCUCUCACUCAACCUAAAACAGAGAGAGAGAAACGAAUGAGUAUAUAAGUAGCACUCAUUGGAUUCCCCAGCUUCAUUCGAGCACUAGUAACAUUCACGUUAGAUAUAUCUUUUUUCUCAUCGUCAUCAUGAACUUAUCAACAUCUGCACAUCAGGAGUUUAUACUACCAGACACUCCUCCUCAACAAAGCACUUCCUUCCCAUCUUACUGGGCAGCGCGAGCUGCACAGCAGAAGAAGAAGAAGCUUCCAACCACCGAUACCACUGCUGCUACACCUGACAGCGAUGAGUCACCACUGAAGAGCCGAGGUUUCUUUGUGGAGAGGGACUUGAGCAGUGAGGAAAUUAUCGUUCCAGACACUCCACCCUCAUCCGGAGUGGGCACCGAGGCAUGUACCGCUCACCAUGAUCUCCAACAAGCAGCAGCAUCAGGGGAAGAGAAAGCUGCGCUUUCUGGAGGAGGAGGAUGAGGAGACCAUAUUUGUACCCUCAAAGAAACAACAUGCAUAUGAAGGUGAGAACUCCUCCCUCACACCACUACUGCAACAAGCAGCUCAAGAGGAGGAGGAGGCCCGCGACUUCAUUGGGCUUAUAAAUAAGCCUACACCCAAACCCUGGGUUCCUCUGAGGGAAUUGGAGGAACACCUCCCUCACCCAAUCCUCUCUGCAAGGGAGGAAACGAAUAGGCACAGACGUAGAAUAAUACUAAAAAUACGCAAGGCGUCUACAAUAUAAUUGAAUGUGAAAUAUAUUUACCACAACAAUUUGCCGCACUCAUCCCAUCCACAAAAGUUGAAAAAUUUAAUGAAAAUUGUACAGAAAUGUGUCUUGUAGUAAAACAUAUGACACCGAGGUGGAGUGAUAUUAAGAUUAUUAAAGCCUAAAGUUCUAAUAAUCUUAAUGUCAUAUCAUCUCGAUGUGAUAUGUUUCACAAGUAGUUUGUUGCAAAUAUUGUAGUAGUAGUAGUAAAAUGUAGUAAU